UCAACACACAAACUUUGUUGAAAAAUUUUCUCGGAUAACAGAUCAUUACAUCUCUUUUUCUCAAACGUGCUGGAUAGCAAGAAGAAACGGAUAUCCCUUUUGGUCAACAGUUCGUAAAUAGUUAAGAACAGAAGAAGAAUACGGCCAUUCCUUUUUGUUAUUAAAAUUCGUGAAAUACAAACCAACCGCCAAUAAGUCUUUUUCUUUAUGUGCGCGCAAAGGAACGGCAAAUUUUAAAGAAAUUGAAAAACAAAAAAAAUAUAGUAAUUAUUUUAAUUUGUUUAUUAGUUAAUUAAGUGUGAAUAACAAAUAUACACACACACACGUACGGCAAACAGAAAUCGUGCAGUGAAGCAAAAAGUUUUAUUUUAAUCAACAAUUUUUAAAUGGAUAUUAAAUCGUCGCGUUGAAAAGCAUACCACACAACAUUAAUGAUUUGUUUUUGUUAAAAUUAAAAAAAAAAUUUUAAAGAAAAAGUUUUAAUUUGUUUAUGUGAGUGUCAUUAUCAUCGGCAACAAAAAAAAUAUAUUUUUAUCUAAAAUUUUCAUGAAGUAACAAUUUAGUCUCAAAUGAAAGCGAAAUUUACUUUGUUUGAGUAAAGAAGUUGUUUUAUAAAAAAUCUGAUCUUCAUUUCAUACACAGCCCAAAAACAACAAAGCAUAACAACAAUUUAAAAAAAUUUUAUAAAUUUAAAUUAGUAAGUGACAACACAACCACCACCACCAACAUCCCUAUUAACUAACAAAUAAAAAACAAAAACAAAAUUUUACCUUGUGAAUAAAUGUGACUUCUUUUAAAUGUGAGAUCAUAUACCAAAUUCCCAGAACUGAAUUAAGAAGAAUUCUCAAGAAAUUCAAGACAAAUUUCAAGUGUUCAAAAACCAACUUCAAAGAAAAUUGUGAGUGAAUUCCAAAAUCUUUAAUGAAAAAAAGUCUAGAAGAAGCAAAGAAAAAGUGAGACCAAUAACACAAUAAAAUAAUAAUCAAAAGAAUCCUCAACAAAGAGCAAAGAACCAAACAACCUAUAACAUCUUCCUAACUACAUACCUACUUCUAAAAAAAAAGGUUCACUACUUGUUUCGUUUGCUUUAUAACUUCAAUCAAACGAACAACCAACCCUUAACAAAGAUCUCAAUAUCUAAAUUCGUGUUGGAUAUCAUUGUCUCGCAUCCCGAAUGCAAACUGACAGAAAGAAGUUCUUCUUACCUCCCAUCACAGUCAACUGCAAUAUGCUACAGAUACCGUUGAGCUGAACGCGUCAACAAAAUUCGCGAUUGCUAAAUAUAAAAACUCAACUCAGCGAUAAGACAAACCAAACACCCACCUGUUGUAGUUUGUAGGCAAAACACAGAGAAAGAGAGAGAGAGAGAGAGAGAGAGAGAAAGAGAGAGUGAGAUACAGAGUUGUAAGAAUAUCAAGAGAGAAAGAGAGCUUUAAUAUGACAACCCCGCCGCAAUAGGUCCCUUAAUAAAAAAAAAGAAAACAACAAAAAUCGUGCUCGUGAGUUUGCUUGGUUCCUCGUUUCAAACACUCUAGUCCACGAAUCCGUUAACCUUUAUAAAGGAUCCCAUGAUUCUCAUAGUAACGUGACGCGCUCUUAUAACUCAUUCAUGCGUGAGUCGUCAUAGACCGUGAUAUAUAUACAACUUUUUUAGUUUUUUUUUUUUUUAUAAAAAUUCGUUUUUUUUCUUCUUUGGUUUGGUGCGUGUUGUGAUUUAUUGUCCUAGUGAAUAGUGUAUGUGUGUGUGUGUUUUAUUUUAGUCCAAUCACAGUCUUCGCCGUCGUCGUUUGUAGACUGCAUUGGAAGUGCUGUUGGGUUAUAUCUUGUGAAUUCUGAUUUAUUCUCUCGGAACGUGAACACUUGUUUUUGUGUGCGUUUUUUGUGUGUUUUCUUGGUCGUCAAACGGCAACAGCAUCCGUUCUUUUUUUUUGUUGGUUUAAAAAGCGUUAGAGAAAACAAAUAUACAAAUCAUACUUGUUGACAUUUUACGGCAGUGUUAGUUGUGCAGCAUCAUCAAAUGAACAAUUCUUUUGACUAGCCGGGUAAGUUCUUGCUACGAAGAAAAGGAAAACGUGGCGACCAUGAUGUCGUGUCCCCUUCCUAUGUCAUUAUCCAUAAUUCCAAAGAUACAUAGUGAUUUCUCGCCAGUACACAUUGGAGUUAAGCGUGGUAGUGACGAACUUUUAAGUCAAGCAGCAGUUAUGGCGCCCGCUUCGGACAAUAAUAAUCAGGAUUUAGCCACAAAGAAAGCCAAAUUGGAGCCAAGCACCGUACUUGGUGGAGUUGGCAAACCCUCGAAAGUUAUACAUUUGCGUAACAUUCCAAAUGAAGCGAGUGAUGCAGAUGUCAUUGCCUUGGGCGUUCCAUUUGGUCGUGUUACAAAUGUGUUGGUGCUAAAGGGUAAAAAUCAAGCUUUCUUAGAAAUGGCCGAUGAAGUAUCCGCCACAUCGAUGGUCUCGUGCUACAAUGUAAAUCCACCACAAAUGCGUGGUCGCAUGGUUUAUGUACAAUUUUCAAAUCACCGUGAAUUAAAAACGGAUCAAAAUCCUACGGGUGCUCUUGUACCUUGCGAAUAUCGCAUACAGUCGCCGGCUUCCGGUUCCCCUUUACCACUGUGUGGCGCUGCCAAUGCUAACAGUGCUGCCAAUGCCGAUACUACAGUGGCUGUCUUACAGAAUAAUACAAAUGCCGUUAACUCGCUGACGGGCAAUGCCAAUGCUGCCGGUGCACCGAAUACAGUAUUGCGCGUUAUUGUAGAAUCUCAACUGUAUCCCGUUUCAUUGGACAUACUACAUCAGAUAUUCCAACGUUUCGGCAAGGUUUUGAAAAUUGUCACCUUCACGAAGAACAAUACAUUCCAGGCCCUCAUACAAUACCCCGAUGCUCAUUCGGCUCAACAUGCCAAAACCAUAUUGGAUGGCCAAAAUAUCUACAAUGGCUGCUGUACGCUGCGUGUUGACAACAGCAAAAUGACUACGCUCAAUGUGAAAUAUAACAAUGAUAAGUCACGUGAUUUCACAAAUCCCUCAUUGCCACCCGGCGAACCGGGCGCCGAUAUAAUGCCCACCGCUGGCGGUCUAGUAAAUGCAAACGAUUUGCUAUUGAUAGCGGCCCGUCAGAGGCCCUCUCUAACAGGUGAUAAAAUAGUGAAUGGUCUUGGUGCACCCGGAGUGCUGCCACCUUUUGCAUUGGGCAUCGGCACACCCUUGGCCGGUGGCUACAGCAGUGGCAUACCAAAUUUGGGCGCUUUUGCUCUUGCAAAUAGUGGCGCCCUACAGACAGCUGCCCCUGCAUUGCGUGGUUUCUCGAAUGUGUUGCUUGUUUCGAAUUUAAAUGAAGAGAUGGUCACGCCUGAUGCUCUAUUUACCCUCUUUGGUGUUUAUGGCGAUGUGCAACGUGUAAAGAUACUAUACAACAAAAAGGAUUCAGCUCUCAUACAAAUGGCCGAACCACAACAAGCUUAUUUGGCUAUGAAUCAUCUUGACAAAUUACGCUUGUGGGGUAAGUCAAUACGUGUUAUGGCUAGCAAACAUCAGACCGUACAACUGCCGAAGGAAGGACAACCUGAUGCCGGCCUUACACGUGACUACUCCCAGAAUCCAUUGCAUCGAUUCAAGAAACCAGGCAGCAAAAAUUAUCAAAACAUCUAUCCGCCAUCGGCGACAUUGCAUUUAAGUAACAUUCCAUCAUCCUGCACUGAGGAAGAUAUAAAAGAAGCCUUCACCUCCAACAAAUUUGAAGUUAAGGCAUUUAAAUUUUUCCCUAAGGAUCGCAAAAUGGCCUUGUUACAGCUCUCCACUGUCGAAGAAGCCGUCUUGGCUCUAAUCAAAAUGCACAAUCAUCAGUUGUCUGAAUCGAAUCAUUUACGUGUUAGUUUCUCCAAAUCAAAUAUCUGAAGCAACUACAGCAUCAACAACAACAACAACCUGUUCAACAAACCUGCAUGAAUCUGAGAGAUUUAUUAACUAAAAACAUAACAUUUUAAAAAACCAAUACAACAAAUGAAAAUUGCAUACUACAUAAACUACUAUAUAUACAACAACAAGAACAUACAACAUAGGCAGCAAGCAAAGCAUAGUAUAUAAUACUGCUACAAAAACAAAAAGAAAUAAAAUAAAAAAAAAUUAAAAAUGAAUGGAUAAGAAAAUAGAACAAAAAGAAAAGAAAACAAAUCUAAAAAAGUAAUAAUUUAACUCACAGCAACAACAUGUAACAGAAAACAAAUUUUUAAGUAAAAAAUUACAAUCAAAGCCAAGAUAAGAAAAGAAAAAUUUACAUAAUUUUUUUUGUUGACUGAAAAGCCAAACAAACAAGCGUAUAGAAAGUAAAAUAAAAUCUAAAAUGCGAACAAAUUUUCAAAACAAAGAUAAAAACAGUUGUGAACUGCGGAAUGCCAACCAUAAAAGGAACAAACCCAGCCCCCCUCCCUCCACCAACAAACAAUAAGUUUUACUAAAAGGCUUUACUACUCGCAGCAUAUAAUAGCCGGAAAUCAACACAGCAACCAAGCGACCAGCCUAUUGUCUACAGCCUACAGCCACCACCGCCACCAAUCAACCUAAAACAUUAUGAAAAAGUAUUAGCAAGUUGUCGUUUGAAUGUGAGACUUGUUUCCUCUUUCAUUUCUUCUCAUACUUCUUAUUUUUACAAAAGAAAACUAAAAAACAUGCCUCUAAUAUUUUAUAUAUAUAUAAUUUUUUUUAUAAUAAAACAACAAUGUGAAAUUAUUUUAUUAUUAUUAA